AUGCUGGGCAAGGACUACAUGCUGGCCAUCGUCCUGGUCAACUGCGACGACAACCUCUGGAGCGACCAGAGCCUGGAGACAGACCCUGACCUUCCCCCAAGCUGGAGGAAAAUCUGUGACUCUCUGGGUACCUAUUACUGGCAUGUGCCAACAGGCACGACACAGUGGCAGCACCCUGCACGCACCACCGGCCCAGGAGGGCACACGGAGGCUGAUGGAGAGGAGACAUUCCAGGGAAGGGAAUGCCAGGGCCGUGCAGCAAAGCACUCUGCAAAGGACCGGCCCAUUCCCAGCCCCAUGGGUUCACUGUCCCGGAGGCACUCACUGUCCUGGCAUGGAGAUGACUUCCAGCACGGCGCAGAGCCCGGCUCCAAGUGUUUUGCUGUGCGCUCUCUGGGCUGGGUGGAGAUCCCCGAGGAGGACCUGGCACCUGGCAAGAGCAGCAUCGCCGUCAACAACUGCAUCCAGCAGCUCUCCAACAGCAAGGGCCAGGGUUCUGCAGAGAACCAGGGUGAGGGCCAGGACCUAGUGAUGAUUCUGAAGAAGGACACCAUGAGCCUGGUGGACCCCCUUGACCGCAGCCUCAUCCACCGCCAGCCCAUCCUCAACAUCCGUGUCUGGGGUGUUGGCUGCAACAACGGCAGGGACAGAGACUUCGCCUUUGUGGCCAGUGACAAGGACACCUGCGUCCUCAAGUGUCACGUCUUCCACUGCAAUGUGCCUGCCAAGGGCAUCGCCAAGGCUCUGCAUGAGAUGUGCUCCAAGAUCGUGGCCGAGCGAGCUGUAGCGAGCAGCAGGCUGCCCCGCGCCGCCACGCUGGAGCCCAUCUCUGCCGAGGACCUGCCGCUGCAAGUGGAUAUCCUAGAAGCGGUGCGGCAGUCGAUGCAGACGUACGAGGCGCUGUACAUCGGCAGCCUGCCCGUGCCCAGGGCCAUGGGGAUGGAUGUGUUGAACGAGGCCAUCGAGAAGCUGACGAGAAGCCCUGGGCGGGAGAACUGGACGCCCUCUCUCAUCUACGUGUCCGACACGGCCAUGAGGGUGCACCCGGCGCAGGUGGGGAGGGGACAGGGGGCUGUGGCCGGAGAGGGCACGGCGCUGCCCCCGGCAGAGCGGACCUGGGGGUCAGCAGGGCUGCCCAGGCGGCGGCCAGGGCUGGAUGGGCCCGCGGGGUCCCCGCAGGAACCCGAGGAGGCGGCGCACAUCUGGGAGUGCCAGGUGCGGUACGUGACCUUCCUGGGGGUGGGCCGGGACGCGCACACCUUCGCGCUCAUCGUGGACACGGGGCGACGCUUCCAGUGCGCGGCCUUCUGGUGCGAGCCCGACGCCGGCACCAUCUCGGAGGCAGUGCAGGCCGCCUGCAUGGUGCAGUACCAGAAGUGCCUCGUGGCCGCCGCACCGGGGGCGAAGGCGAAGAGCGCGGCUGGCCGGGGCCGGGCCGGGCCGGCGGCCGCGGAGGACGCUGCCCGCGGGGCGCCCAAGGCGGGGGGGGGCGGCGGAGGAGCGGGGACCGGGGCCCGCAAGCGGGGACUCUUCUCCUUCCUGGAGGUGUUCCGCCUCCGGCGGGCCCUCCUGCACAGCCCGUAG